CCUGCCUUUCCCGCCCCCUCGCUCUCCCCGCGCCCCGGCUCUCCUCCAUUUUGUGCUGCGGCGGCGGCUGCGGCGCUCCCGCCUUGCUUUUACCCCGCCUUGCCCCGAGCGAGCGAGUCCAAACCGCGGCCCAUGGCGGAGAGUCACUCACCGGCCGGGCUGGCGGAGUCUGCGUCCCUGGCAGGGCCUGGCGUCCCCGGUUCGGAGUCGGAAAGCCGGCGGCGGCCGCUGAGCGAGCUGCGCGUGAUAGACCUGCGGGCCGAGCUCAGGCAGCGCAACCUGGACAGCGGCGGCAACAAGAGCGUCCUCAUGGAGCGGCUGAGGAAGGCUAUUGAGGAGGAAGGAGGGAAUCCUGAUGAAAUUCCAUUGGCUUCAGAAAAUAUCAUGAAGAAAACUCCAAAAAGGAGCAGUAAAGGACGUAGAGCAGAUGAAGAGGGAGUGGAAGACAACGGCCUGGAGGAGGAUUCUGGAGAUGGACAGGACGAUAUUGAAGCAAGUUUGGAUAACUUGCAGGAUAUUGACAUGAUGGAUAUUAGUGUGUUAGAUGAAGCUGAAAUAGAUAAUGGCAAUGCAGUAGAUUGUGGAGAUGAUUACAGUGCCCAUAAUAUUCUUGACUCGCUGUCUGAUAGUAAAGAAAAUGCUGAUGCAGAAGUGAAAGAAUUUCCAGAUCAGCCUACAGAGUAUGCUGUAGGUAACUUGGAGGCAUCCCCACAAUUUUCAGAAAUUAAAGAAGAAUCAAGAGAAAUACCAAUAGUGAUGGUAGAGUUUGAAGAUGUUGGGAACAGUUUAGAUGCUUCUUCAUCAGAUUUAACCGUAAUAAAGGAACUUGAAGAGUUACCUUUGGAGCCAGAAAAUGAGAAAAUACUCGACAUUUUGGGGGAAACUUGUAAAUCUGAGCUACUUAACGAAGAACCUCCCGAAGCGGAGCGGCCGCGUGCGCAGGAAGCCAGUAACGCGGGGCCAGGCAAGAGGCUGGCUGAGGAAGAGGACGCUCUCGCUGCCGCUCAGCUGGAGGAAGAUGCUUUAGCUUUGGACAGCAAAUCGGCCCAAGCUUUGGCAAGGAAGGAAGCAAAGCGUUUAGUGGUAGCAAAAGGGGAGACAAGUGAACAGAGCCCCGAGGAAGAGGGCCCGGACUCUGAAGGUGUAGUGGUAGAGACCCUAAGCGAUCAGAGUAGCAAGCGCUCCCAAGGCCUGGAAGCCUCUAGUGGGGAGGCAGCGGAGAAAGGCGCAGGUGCCGAAGCCAGAGAUAGCAAAGAAGAUGGCAAGAGAGCAGAAGACAAAGCUAAUUCUGAGGAAUCUUCCCCUGCCACUAAAGAGUCCUCAGCCAGUGAGGGCGGUGAUCAGAAAAAGAGCCCUGUUGAAGACAAAGAUACAAAGGCAGUCACAAAAGAUGAGAAAGGCCGUGUGGGGAGUGGUUCUGGCAGAAAUUUGUGGGUUAGUGGACUUUCCUCUUCUACUAGAGCUACAGAUUUGAAGAACCUUUUCAGCAAGUAUGGAAAGGUGGUUGGUGCAAAAGUGGUGACAAAUGCUCGCAGUCCUGGUGCUCGCUGCUAUGGCUUUGUGACAAUGUCAACAUCUGAGGAGGCCACCAAGUGUAUUAAUCACCUCCACAGAACAGAGCUGCAUGGUAAAAUGAUUUCUGUGGAAAAGGCAAAAAAUGAACCAGCAGGAAAAAAGCCUUCUGACAAAAAAGAAGGUGAAACAAGGAAGGAAAAAGACAGGCACCAUUCUGCAGAGUGCAAAUCUGAGAAGUCUGUUGGUAUUAAGAAGGAGGAGAAGAUCGACAAAAAAGAUGAUGCUAAGAAAUCAGAGAAAGAUGAAAAAGAAGGAAAAGAAAAGGAUGAACAAAAGACUGGAUCUUCUGAGAGAUCCAGGGCAAGUAAAUCAGCGAGUCGAGGAACAGAAAGGACAGUGGUAAUGGAUAAAUCUAAAGGAGAGCCAGUUAUUAGUGUGAAAACCUCUGCCUCAAAAGAGAGGAGCACAAAAAGCCAGGACCGCAAAUCGGAGAGCAAAGAAAAGCAGGAUAUUUUAUCAUUCGAUAAAAUCAAGGAGCAGCGGGAACGGGAGCGGCAGAGGCAGAGGGAGAGAGAAAUCAGGGAAACGGAGAGGCGCCGAGAGAGAGAGAGGCGAGACCGGGAGCAGCGCCUCGCAGCCAUUCACGAGCGGGAUGAGAGACAGAGGCUUCAGAGGGAGCGGGAACGGCUGGAAUUCCAACGGCAGCGCCUGGACAGAGAGCGCUUGGAGAGGGAGAGGCUGGAGAGGGAAAGGAUGCACAUAGAGCAGGAGAGGAGACGGGAACAGGAGCGAAUCCAGAGGGAGAGGGAGGAGCUGCGACGCCAGCAGGAGCAGCUGCGCUACGAGCAGGAGCGGAGAUCUGCCAUGAGGAGGCCUUACGAUCCUGACAGCAGGCGGGAUGACCCGUACUGGCCCGAGGCCAAGCGGCUGGCGCUGGAGGAGCGGUACCACUCGGACUUCGGCCGCCAGGAUCGCUUCCACGACUUUGACCACCGGGACCGCGGCCGCUACCAGGAUCACUGCUUGGACAGGAGAGACUGUACAAGGGGGAUUCCAGAUCGAGAUGGGCAGCACUACCCAGACGAGCGGCACGGGGGGCCUGAGCGUCACUCCCGGGACAGCUGGGGUGGCUACGGCUCCGACAGGAGGAUGAGUGAGGGAAGAGGGAUCCCCCCACAAACCCGAGAUGGACGUGACUGGGGAGAUCAUGGUCGAAAGUUAGAGGGGCAUCAAGAUCGUACAUGGCAGGGAAAUGUGGAUGGAGGAGUGAUGGGACGGGAUCAUGAGAGAUGGCAAGGUGGUGAUAGAAGCAUGCCUGGUCAGUCAGGACCAGGCCAUGGGAUGACUCGAGGAGGGACAUCAGGGCGCGGAGGCUUGGCCGGGAGCCAGGGCCAGGCGCUGCAGGGGAUCCCCGGUGCGUUCGCAGCCCCCGAGAGGACAAACAGGCUGGGUGAGCCCCGCUUCAGCCGCCGCUACUGACGGCUCCUGUACAGAAACGGGGUUUUUAACCUCCGACCCACUGCGGUGGUGAGUUUUAUCAACCCAGACUCACCGUGAGUUUGUGAUUCUAAAAAUGCCAGACUGCUGCUGCGCUGUAGCCAAAUACUGUGUCAACUUGGUUUGGGGUUUGUUUGGUUUGGUUUGGGUUUUUUUUUUUUGUUUGUUUGUAAUGAACAUGGUGUUGGUCAAACAUCGCUUUUAAGUUUCUGUAAGUGAAACAUUCCAUUUUUCAAAAAUAAUAAAAUCGGUUUAUGGCUGCUG